AUGGUCAUCAAGUCCUCGCCUGUUCAACGUGAGAAGGCUGAAGCUGUUGCCGCUCAUGAAUCUGGAGGCUCUUCAUCAACGGACCCGGAGAAUGCCGUCAAGGUCCCGUGCGACGAAAAGAAGAAUGGCGAGGGCCAAGCAGUGCAUGCUGAGCGACCAGACUUAGAGAUCUUCGCAUCAUUUUGCGCUGCUUGCGCAGAGAACAAGCCUUUUGCACGACGGGCACAUGAGCAGUUCCAUUUGCACCAGCAGACGGGCUUUAUGUUUGACAUGUUCGCCGAUGAAGAAGGCGGACUUCAUUUCAUGCAGGAACACACCGAUCCUCGUUGGCGCCAGGCCUCAGAUUCAGAUGGAAUGGAGCCGCGCGAGGAUCUGUAUGACGGUAAUCCCCUAGUGAUGUUCUUUGGGAAUCCCGGUGAUGGCUAUUCUGAUGCGGUUUCACUGGAUUCAGAGGAGGAGCUUUCCUCGGCAGACGAAGCGGCAGUCGAUAGCUCUUCUUCUGAAAGCACAUCGUUCUUCCAAAAGAUGGAUUGA